CAUCCGUACAUCAGCUUGAGAUGCAGCAGAAGCAGCAUCCGCUCAGGAGCCGCGGGGCCUGCGAUAUUAUUGGUUGCUGGCAAUCAUCGGGAGUCCGGAUGUAGUUGCAGGAGAAUCACGUUGCCCCCACUGGUCCACAUACCCCACACUGCAUGGCUUCAAUUGCUGGUAACUCACAGCGUGUCUCCAUUACCCCAGUCCUGCACACCCUCAUGCUGGGGUCUCAGGCCUCUCACAGACUGACCAAUGACUGCCUGGAUUGUUCUGCCUGUCAGCCUGUCUGCCUUCUCCAUCACGGGGAUAUGGAUCGUUUACGCCAUGGCAGUAAUGAACCACCAUGUAUGUCCGGUUGAGAACUGGUCAUACAAUUUGACAUGCACAGAGGAAACGGCUAAAAGGGGCUUCCCAAAGACCUGCUGCACCCUUCAAGACAUCCCCCUUAUCAGUAAAUGUGGUUGCUAUCCACCAGAGAGCUGUCUCUUCAGUUUGAUAGGCAAUGUUGGGGCCUUUAUGGUGGUUAUGGUGUGCAUGCUGCGUUACGCUCAAGUAAUUGAACACAGUCAUCAUUGCUGGACCAACACAAGUGCUUUGGUGUCCGGCUGCAUUAAUGCCCUUGGGUUGGUCAUGGUGGGCAACUUCCAAGUGGAUCAUGCCAAGACGCUUCACUAUGUGGGAGCAGGUGUAGCUUUCCCCGCAGGCUUGCUGUUUGUAUGUCUGCAGUGUGUUCUGACAUACCGUAUAGCAGAGACCGCACUGGACUACUGGAUGGCUCAUGUACGUGUGGCUCUCUCGGCUGGAGCUCUCGUAUCGCUUGUCCUCAGUGGUGUCUUCUUCGUGCAUGAGAGUUUUGUUUUGCAGCAUGCUGCAGCCAUCUGUGAAUGGGUCUUCACGGUUUUGGUCCUAGUGUAUUACGGCACCUUUACUUAUGAGUUUGGCACUGUCAACACUGACACCAUGAUGGCGGCCUUAAUGAAACGCAGUCAACAUCACCAUCCAGGGUCAGCAGUCAUCAUGGGGGGCAUUAGUAAGGGUGUUGCAAUGGGAUGUGGCGCCCGUGGUCUGAAGUCACCCGGAGGCAGCAGCACAUCCACACACCUCAACUGCACACCAGAGAGCAUCGCCAUGCUUUAGGGAUUAACCACUAAAGUAUUCGCUCAGACCUCAGCACAUAGACUCUGAACUCUUCAUCUGGCUCAUGGAUUUGUGAAAAACUGGUACAAGCAAUACAGAGGUUACAUUGAGUUUGCAGACAUGCUGAAUUUAAUCAUUACAGGAAUAGGUGAGGUAUUUUGCCUUUGUGUGUAAGAUUACUCAAAGAGAGUCUCAGUAACCAGCAGAGAUGAUUCUUUCCCCAUGAUUCAUGGGAACUUUGAGAGAAAGGAUUUAAAACUGCAAUAAUUUGUCUCCAAAGGCACAUUCACACUGACCACUGACCAUGACAAAAAGUGUUUAGGGCUAACUUAAUUGCCCAUUGGUUGAGGAAAUUAGGACAUCCUGUAGAGUGCUGCUUGGAAGAUGCAUAUUGUAAGCCGAAACCCAUAAACUAGCAUUUUAACUCCAACUCUUAAAAUGCUAAACGAGCAUUUUAACUCGUUAUUUAUAUAUUUAUUAUUAAUUUCUUUACUUAAUUUGUUGCAAAUGUCAUAUAAUUUUUUUUUUUAAAUCAAGAAAUAGAAAGUUAAGUUAGGGAUACUUUUUUAUUCAAGAUAUGGUCACUUAUUUUUUAAAAUGUAUUUAUUAUGCUAUGACAAUGAACGUAGUACAAAACAUUUGUGCAUCUCAUCUUUGUUUCUUAAUAAAAAAUACGAAUCACAUGAGUCAAUAGCCCCUUUCACACAUACAGACCUUUCCGGAAAAUUACCAGAGAUUUUCUGGAAAGGGAUCAUGUGUGAACAGGCCCUUUUUGAAAAUACAGGUAAAUUUGUUCCGGAAAUUUUCCGGAAAGAGAAGUAAUAACAUUACCGGUAAUUUGCUGGAAUGCUACGCUGUGUGAACGCAGAAGGAAAAUUGCCGGAAAGAGACGUGAGAGGUCUACUCAUACCAAGUAGAACAUUCAGAUGCAUUCCCAGCCGCGCUGUGUACGAAAAUAAAAGCCUUUGAAUAUUUAGCUGCUAGAUGUUAGUCAGAUAACGUUUCUAUGUUUCUUUUUAAUGCCAACUGUGGAAAAAAUUAUGGAUAAAAUGCUUGUGAUAAACUGCUUUUUGUUAACCUUCAAGCUCUGCUUCAGUUGCUUGACGCGUGUUUACAUGAAGCAGCCGGUGAGUGCCAGCAUGCACACAUAUUAUGUACCAAAAUCCUGUCGGCUUCUGUUUACAAAUACAAGCGCAGCCGUUUAGAGGUCUUUUCUAGUUAAUGAUGUCAGAAUUUAUCUGUAUUUUAGAAUGGAUGUGUGAAUGGUCUUUUCUGGAAAAAUUUCGGAAUGUUCUUGCCUGUGUGAACAGCAUUUUUUUUCACUGGUAAAGUCAUUCCGGUAAUUUUACAGAUAUUUACCAAUAUCACUGUGUAAAAGGGGCUAAUGAUUCAGUGAUUGAUACUUGAUAGUUGGUAGUGUUUUUAUUUGAAUCAGCUUUUUGUUUUUGUUUUUUUGUUGUUUUUUUUGUUUUUGUUUUUUGUUGGAUUUGCUGCCACCUACUGGCUGUUUUAUUGUUAGUUUUUUUUUUUUAUCCAUUAUGGCCCUAACUUCCCAAAACACACUCAAAAUAAUCUUUGUUUUAAAAAAAAACUUAAAUAUUGAGAUGUUUUUUAUAUACCUUUGUAAAAUAAGCACAUCUUUUGUUUUGUUUUUUUUUAAAUAUUUUUUAAAAAGCCAUUUACUUUUAUUUUUCUUUUUAUUUACAAAAGGCAGUUGGUAGCUGUUGGUAAACAGCAAGACAGGUAUAUCAGGGAUAUAAAGUGUCACCAUGACAAACAGAAAAAACACGUUACUUUGUGUUACUUUAUGUUCGGGCAUUCUGUUUGAAUGGGGAAACAUCAAGUUCUGCAAAACUGCUUGCCAAGAUUAUGAUCUUGAUUGAAUUUCAUAUUAGGAAUCAUCAAUAAAAUUAAACAACAACUGUCUUUUUAGUUUAAUUUCUAAACGUCUGAUUCACAAAAUCUGCACAAACUCACGUCUGGUCUGAGUAUCGUUAGUCUAUAGCAAUUGAUGAUUGGCUCCUGUACUAGAAGGGGGGCUUUAUCAAAGACUAUAGAAUACACAAGAUAUGUGACUCGUAUACUUUUGAAUGGGGAAAAGUGUAACUGUCAACAUGGUUAAUGAAGCCCCACCUUCUAGUACAAGAACCAACCAUCGAACGCUAUAUGGCGAAUAAAGCCCGCCUUCUAGUACAGAAGCCAAUCAGUGAUCGCUAUAGAAUGACAAUUCUCCGGGGGAGGGGAUCGGACCGGACGUGAGUUUCUGCAGAUUUUGUGUCAUACAAAUAUUUAGAAAUGAAACUAAAGAGACAGUUGUUGUAUAAUUUCAUUGGUUAUUUGUAAUAUGAAAUGGAAUCGUAAGCUUAGCAAGCAGUUUUGAAGAAUUUGAUGUUUCCCCAUUCAAACAGAAUGCCCAAGCAUACUGCCUGAGAGAAGUUUCAAAGAUGGCCGCAAAGUGAAAUUACUUGCUUUAAUGGGACUUUGGCUUUAUUCACCAUAUUGACUCUUUUUGCCAAUUCAAAAUGCUACGAGUGACAUGUCUUGAGUAUUCUAAAGUCUUUGGCUAUUCUCAGUCUUUCAGGGACAUUUUUUUUAAAUAGAAAAAGACUGAAAAAGUAGAUCAAGUUGUUAUCAUGUAACUGGGGUGUAGUAUAAUAAUAGCCUACAUUUACCUUUUUUGGCUUCUAGUUCGGCUUAAUAAAAGUGUUAAUUUUGAAUAUUAUCAUGUUGAUCAUAAUGUGUUGGUCACAGAGAAUCUGUUGGGUUUUCAUUGAGGGAAUUAGUGUUAUGCUAACUUCUUGGUUGGCCUACAAAAGGAAGGAAUCGCUGCAGCACUCUAAUGGUUGUCAACAAAGUGUAUGUCUGCAAAAAUAUGUGGAAAAUGAUGCAAUUUGAAGCAAUGGCCAUUAUUCACCAACUCUCAUUUGGUCUCCUGUCUUUGUCAGUGUGAAUCUGUUACAGAGCCAUCAGCAAUACUGAGACAUUUGUCUACAAAUUCGUCUUAAGUAGAUAAUUGGCUAAACCUGUCCAACCCCCCGUAACCCUGUUUAAUCUGCAUAAACUGUGAUUACACGACAGGUCAAGCCAUCACUGUAGCAAUGGAGAAUUUUGAGUUAGUCGCACCAGUCAUUGAUGCCAAAUGUUGGGUUGCAAUGAGGUUGUAUAAAUUGUCGGUCUAUAACUGACCAGUCAAAAAAGCGAUCCUUUUUAAUCAUACCUGAGAUGCAGGUGGUUCAUGUUCAUUCAUUCCUGGUGUUCACAGCUUAGUUUGAUCUGUGGCACUGUAAUAGCAUGACCUUCGGUGCUGUGGACCUUCUGUCCUAUAGCUCUAGAUACAAUGUGGUUAGGACUUUUUUCAUUCCAACUGUAAUAAGUAACAUUUAAGUGCAUCUUAAGUGCAACGUUUUGGUGCUUCAGCCAAAUUUUUUUCAUCACUUGAUCAAAAAACUGCCUGUAUCGAUCAGUUGCAUCCCAGGUAUACUGUAAACGAAUUUGUAAUAUUUCAGGACCACAAGAAACAAGAUUUUAAUGCUUUUUGUUUUUGCAUUUUAAAAUGUCAAUAUUACACUUUUUCAGGAGAUUAUAAGCUGUUGUUUUGCUCAUAUUUUAGCCAUUAACAUUUUUAACAACAGAUUUAGCAUUUUCUCAAACUGGUCAAGUUUUGCGAGCGAAUGCUAAGAUUCAUUUAGAGAAUGCAAAAGUUUUGUCAAAUAGUGCAAAGUUUAAAGGUGCUGUAUGUAAGUUUUUGACUCUUCUAAAGCAUAAAAAUACAAUAAUAUGUUUGCAGAUAUUUAAGAAACAAGCUAAGUGAACAUACUUGUUUAUCUGAAAAACAAUGCUGAAGUCAGAUAUUCUGCUUUGAAAAUUUGUUUUCCGUGGCAGAACAUCUGUCUUUGUUUUGGUAAUUUUAAUCUGCUCAAUGCCAGUUUAGCCAAUUAUAUUUCAGCACUCCGGGUUGCCUUGGUGGAAAACCGUUUAUUCCAUUCAUUCGUUCAGAAAGGCUCUGAAAGCAUGCGUAAGCGUGGUAAGGUUUAUAAUCAAUUUAAUACAUAAUAAACCUCUUUAAUGUUAUUAAUGUAGAUGCUGAAUCACUGAUAUGUGUUUGGUUCUAAAGUUCAAUUUCAAACAGUUAAUCAUAUUUUCAAGAUCUGCUGCUGCUUUCAGUAUAUGGCAAUAAAUGUCAUGUAAAAUGGUAUUCAAACUCACAUUAUUAGCAUGUUAUAUUAAAUAAAGCACAUGAGGUGCACCUGAGGUGAUCAUUGUCAUCAAGUUUUCUGUUGAUCACCUGUGAGAAAUAGAAGCAGUUUCUAAUAUAUCAAUUCGAGGUGUUGGUUAGGACAAAAACUCCUUUUAAUAUGUAAAAUAUUCCUUCUAUUGGGUGCGUUGCUUUUAUUUAGAACACUCGUUCCUGUCCUCAAUUCGACAACCUGCACUUACGUUUGUUUUGAUUUAGGAGUGCAAUACCUAGUUCAACCACCGGGUGUCAAACUUACAUACUGCACCUUUAAGGGAAGCACUUCUUGGCAAAAUUUUCAAAAACUACUUGGCAAAAAAAAAAUGCGGUACUUUUAAAUCAAAAGGGUUUGUGCUCAUCCACACUUAAUUAACAGUUUCUGCUUAUUUAUAGUUGUGAAUUGUGUUAUGGGAUCUGUUAAAUUUUGAUGUUGAAAAUUCAACUUUACAGUUUAACGAAGUGACUUUUAUUGACAUUUUAGCAGUUAUAAUAUAAUUUAGUAAUGACAUAAUGUAUAAGAAACAACAUACAGAGAAAUAAGUCUGUAAAACAACAGAAAAUGCACUGGCAGUUUAUAACAAGGUUUUUGUACCGUAAUACACAACACCAACUCAGACAAUAUAUCACUGUAAACUAUUAAAAAUGUUCAUAAAAGUCACUUUUUUGAACGUUUCAAGGUUAAAAUUUGUUGGAAGAAAGAUCGAAGUGCCAUAAUGCAAUUCAAAAGCAUGAAUAAAAAGGGAGAGGAAAAGCAUGAAUCACAAAAUACGAAAAACUGCUAAUUUACAGAUACUUUUUACAGCGUAAAAUUUAAUAAUGUUACCCCAAAAUGAGAAGUGCUGCAUUCUAUUGUGAAAUGUAAAAAGCUAUUAAUUACUUUAUUUUAAAAAAGGAGUAAACCCACUGACUUGGAAGCAAUAAAAAAAGUCUUAAUCUGUUGUAACUUAGAACUGUUCAGUUGACUUAACAUAUUUUUUGUAUAAUUGUGCACAUAGUUUAUUGGCUAAGUAAUUUCAAGGCAAUGUGUUAACUUUCUAAAAGUAAAAUCAACUAAUCACUUUUAACAGUGUGAUUAUAUAGAUUCAAUUAUUUUGCCAUUCUCUUGGAGUUUAGCAUUUGCCUAAAAAAGCUAUACAUUUGUGAAAAAUGAAAAACAGAUAUUUACUAGGGUUGGGCGAUGUCGACCAAUUUGGCAUCGUACAAUGUCAGAUGUGAAACAUCAUGAUGGACGAUGGCAUCGGUAAAUUAAUUGUUUAUGAAUGAAUAAUUAAUUCAUAAUGAAUUAAUUUUUUGAAGCCUACCGUUUCAACUACCUGACCCGCAUGGUCUUUGUUUUACCCAUAACCAAAUCUUAGAUAAAUAAAGUUAAGUUACACACAAAUUACCACCUGUCAAUCACUUUUUCCGCGGGACUCUGGCAUGAAUAGGCAGAGUGAUCUGUGUCGUUAUCAUGGCGUGGACAAACUUGGUUGGUAAAAAAGGUGCACAACCAACAGCAACCCACCAACAGUAUCUGAAGUUUUUGCUAAAAUUACUAAGUACAAGCGUGAAAACGAAAGAUAGAAGCAUCGUACUGACGCUGUGACACGUUACCUGAUAGAUUCAAAAGACCGAAGAGUCGUUAGAUAGAGACCAGAUUAAUUAAAUAUCACAUUUAACAACUAUAGUGAGACGCGAUCCAGCGGUAUAUCCUUGAUAAACUGUCCGACGUGCACUGCUUCGUGAUGUCUAUCGACAAUGGACGAUGGCAUUGUCUAUCGACCCAACCCUAAUCUUUAGAUUCUCUCACAGAGUAAUUGUGAUCUCUUGAAAAAGCUUUGCACACUACGUUUGAGAAUAUUGAAGCACUGGAUUUGUUUUUCUUUCAGUCUAAAACUUUUGCCAUGUCUCCAUAACAACCUUUCUGUAGAAUCUUCCUAAAAUUGUUCGCAAUUUCAAGAUUGGAAAUGAUUGUUUUUAUUUUGCUCGAUGAAGAUGCUCUUUUUACUGCUUUUUAGAUGAAUGUUUAGAUGGCAAAGCAAACUUUUGAUGGGUAAUGGUGCUGAUGACUGCUGAUGUGCGUCUUCAUUUUUUAUUUGGAAAUAUGUAAUAAUGAAGACAUAUUGCUUAUUUGUCCAA